GUCCUGUACUGUGCCAACCCUGUUUCCCCAGGUCAAUCAACAUUUUUCCGACUUGAACGCAAACUAAAGCCCCCCACGUGACGUCAAAUUACUCAGUCCAGUCCUUGUCCCUCAUCACCAUUUGGCUACCUACUGCAGUAAAGUACCGCCCUAGCUCCCCUUUUGCACCACCCCUCCGCUCUCCUGCAGGCGGGCAACCGGUCCCUGACUUAGAGAUCCCGCGCGCGGGGCAUGUCGAAACUGGGAUUACCGGGCUUGUUCCGCCCCGCGUCGUCGCUCCUUCGCAACGGCUGUAACACCACACCCUUUCGCAACCUGCCUAGACACACAACCCGCAUCACGUCGUCGUCGUUGUCGCCGUCGCCGACUUUUGCAACCGUGAGAAUGUCUUCCUCCACACAACCCACCGACCGCCGUCCCCUGGUCAUCUGCGGCCCCAGCGGCGUCGGCAAGGGCACCCUGAUCCAGAUGCUCUUCCAGCGUCACCCUGACACCUUUACCCUUUCCGUGUCGCACACGACGCGCGCGCCGCGCCCCGGCGAGCAGGACGGCGUGCACUACCAUUACGUCACCAAGGAGCAAUUCCAGGCGCUGAUUGCCGAGGACAAGUUUGUCGAACACGCUCAGUUCGGCAGCAACAACUACGGCACCAGCAAGGCCACCAUCGAGGAGCAGACUGCCAAGGGCAAGGUUGUGGUCCUCGACAUUGAGAUGGAGGGUGUUAAGCAGGUCAAGAAGUCCAGUAUAUCAGCCCGCUACGUCUUCAUCUCCCCGCCGUCGGAGGAGGAGCUGGAGAAGCGCCUGCGUGGCCGUGGAACCGAGAACGAGGACAGCGUCAACCAGCGCCUGAGCCGCGCUAAGGAGGAACUCGCCUGGUCCAAGACGGAGAAGUUUGACAAGGUCCUCGUCAACGACGACCUGGAGAAGACGUUCAAAGAGCUCGACGAGUUUGUCUACCAAACGCCAUCACAGUAGACUGAGAGGGGGUACAUCAGAUCAGAUGGGUAUACUUUUUUUUUUGCGGUAGACUCUUUUCGGCUAGACAAAAGCAUAAGAAGCGACACUCCCCCACGCGAUAGGGUUGUUGAAGAUUACCCUCGUGCCGCUAUAUUGGUCUUGUCUCAUUUAUAUUGUGCGGUGGAAAACGCCAAUCGGCAGUUUAACUACACCCAUCAAUAUUAUUAAUGGUCUAGCCUUAUGGGAUAUAUCAUCCAAUGUACGUUGCACCUCUACGGACCAUGUUCCUUGGAGCAACAUCGGCCAAAAUCUCCUAGAAAUUACACCUAAACUGGAGUUGCUCUGGUGUAUAUUCUUAGAAACUGCACACGAUAUGGCUACAUCAGACUCUACAGGCCUCGGCUGCACGCUAGAUCAGCAGGGUUUCAAAC